AUGUCGAAAAGGAUCAAGAAGAAUGAAGCGUCGGAAGAGCAGCCGAACGAACUGUCGCUUAGGCUGCCAGUUGGAUUUCCCGAGGAUCUGUCUGAUAUGUUCUUGCUGAGGCUGCCUAGGGCUUGCUUUCUCUUCCGAUUCCGCUCCGUCGCGAAGUCAUGGCAGACUCGCUUCUUGAAGCCUGACUUCAUCAAGAAGUUCAUCUUCCAGAACACCGACCUCUGGAACGAUCCACAGCUUCUAAUCCAGCGCCGCCAGAAAGGCAGGUCAGUUUACUCUCUUCAUUCUCACCGCUCGCUCCGUCUCGUCUCCGGCCCUGCUCAAUUGGAAAAACUAGAAUUGGGUUCCGGUAACUUCGAGGUUCGCUGCGGCUGUAAGGGUCUCUUCUGCCUUGCCGACGGAGAUGGCAGCGGCUUCUCGAAUAUUGUUCUCUGGAAUCCAGCAACCACGCAGACGAAGCUUCUGCCGGUUUCCAACCUCGAUCAAGCUUUGGAUGGGUAUGCCCGGAUGAGCGAGGUGAUCGGGUUUGGUUUCGACCCGGAAAAGAAUGACUACAAAGUCGUUCGGACUGUGGUUCGCUUUACCGCUGACGAGGACAUAGAGGAAUCUAGUGAGGUCUACAGCCUUAAAAUUGAUUCCUGGAGGACGAUUUACAUAAGGCCUCAUGAUCUUCCGGACACCAUCCAUUACUCGGUGCCAUCUGAAUCUGGUGAUGGCAGAUUGUUCUACUGGUGGGGACCAUUGUUGGAUUUCAUUUCGUUUGAUAUGAGGAGUGAAGAGUGUGAGGGUAUGAGAUUGAGAUAUCCUGAUGCAUCGAUGCAGAGAGCCUUCUCCGUGAGAUCCGUUUCCUUGGUCAAAGGCUCGACGGUUGUCAUAUUUUCCGAUAGAAGUAUUGAUCGUCAUGAACCCAAUGAGUUGCAGACAUGGGUGAGGUUGGAUUUUGAAGAUAGAAUGGCCGGCUGGAUAGAGUUGUCCACCAUUAAGAGCAACAAACUGAACAUGUGCAUGCAUCCAGUGGGAAUAUGGAAGGACAAGAGGUGUUUCCUCCAGAGAUACGAAGAUGGACAGCUCGUGGUCGUCGAUCUUGAAAAAGGAGAAGUCCUUCCCAUUGAACUUCAGAUUCAAGGAGAUUGGGAAUCAUUCAAAAUCUUCCCUUAUACUCCAUGUGAAGUUUCAUUGGAGUAG